AUGACGAGAAGCGACCCGUGGCGGACGGACGUGCGCGGCGGAUUUGAAGGCGAUCGUAGGUAUCGCCGUGACGCUAGAGCACAUCCCUCGCCAGAAGAUGAAUACCGCAGACGCGGAGAAGGCGACCGCGCGCAAGGCGUACACGGAUGGCGUCCUGGUCGAGGAGGAGAUCCUGACACGAAUGGCGUAGAAGAAGGUUCCCGAGACCUAGGAGAAGGCGCGGACGAGGACAACGAUGAUCAGCAGCGCCUAGAAGAGGAUGCCGACGGGAAUCACAGCACCACCGUUGGGGCCGAGGAGGCUGAUUCCGCGCAGACGGAGGGAACGGCAGACCAGAGCAAGGCGAGCGUCGAAGAGGCGGAAGGCGCACGAGAGGAGCAGCACGAGGAAGCCUGCGACCGUCGGGAGGGAGGCCCCUCGUCCGAUCCGCGUCAGCAGGACAGAGUAGAGCGAAACGCAGGAUCGCGCGUGUCCGCGCAGCAAGGACGGCGCGGAGAAAAACGAGAAGAACGGUCGCGCACACCGGAAAGGAAUCGGCAGCACGGAGCAGGGCGAGGCGACGAAUCGCGCUCGCGCGAUCCGCAUCCGCAGCGAGAAGGUGGGCGCGGCGGCGAGGAGCGCACGCCCGAUCCGUAUCAACGACGCGAAGGCCGACGUGGAGGCGGGGAGCGAUCGCCCGACACGCGUCCGCAAUGUGAAGGCCGGCGCGGCGGCGGGGAAGGCUCGCCCGAUCCGCGUCCGCGACGUGAAGGCUGGCGCGGUGGCGGGGAAGGCUCGCCCGAUCCGCGUCCGCGGCGUGGAGUUUGGCGCGGAGGAGGGGAUUGCUCGCCCGAACUGCGCCAGAGGCGUGAAGGCUGGCGUUAUGGCGGGUCCCGCUCGCCAGAUCUGCACAGGCAGUGGGAAGGAAGACGUGAGGAGGGGUGGCACUCGCUGUACGUUCGUCGGCAGCAUGGUGGAAGGAGGGAGGAGUGGACACCAUCACAAGAGAAGCAUCGGUGCGAUACUCGGCGGGAAGAGUGGGCGAAGGUGCGCUACUAG